UACCCGUUCUAAUGAUAGCAACGGUAAUAUUGGGUCAUCAGAUGUGAUCAAAUGUACAGCUUACUUGUAUAUAUGGAUACUCAGUUCUGAUAACUAAAGAAGUAAACAAUAGCAUAUAUACAAUCUAUUGUUUAAAGAAGUGAAAAUAUGACCACUAAAGAUAAACUAGAUGACGAAUGUCUAAAUCUGCAAAGUGCAAAAAUGGAGCAACCUGUACCAGAUUUCGGACCGGAUAUCCGAAAGGAAUUCAUGUUAAAGGAGAGAAGUGUUUUUCUAAAUCAUGGCUCGUACGGAGGCAUGCCAAAGUGUGUGCACGACAGACAAGUCAAGUAUUUGAUUGAACUUGAGGAGAAUCCAGAUGGCUGGUUCCGAAACAAGAUGUACAAAUACCUGAACUCUACUAUCGCAGUUGUGGCUGAGUUCAUGGGGGUAAAAAAAGAAGAUACGUUUAUGAUUCAAAAUAUUACGAAAGCGGCAAAUACGGUUUUGAAGACAUUCCCUUUGAAGUCUGGGGACGGCGUACUAGUUAACACUCUGACGUACGGGGCAGUGAACGUAGCCACACGAGUGACCACCAAGGCGGUUGAAGGUGCUCAGACCUACUCAUUUAACAUCGAUUUUCCUAUUAUGUCUGAAGAUGAAAUCGUUGCAAAGUAUGAUGAGAUCCUUGAAAAGCAUCCGGAAGUUAAAUUGGUGAUGGUUGACCACAUUGCAAGCCCUACUGCUAUCGUCAUGCCAGUCAAGAAGAUUGUGGAGGUCUGCCACAAACAUGGCAAGGUCGUCUUUGUUGACGCCGCUCAUAUACCCGGACAAAUUGAAGCGGACAUUGUUGACAUGGACGCAGAUUUUUAUGCAGGUAAUCUCCAUAAAUGGGUGUUCUGUCCCCGGUCUAGUGCAUUUAUAUGGAGAAACCCGAACCGGCCACACGCCUGGUUUAAACCGCUGAUCACCUCACAUUUUGAGCAUUUCGGAAUUCAUGAAGCUUUUGCAUUUGAAGGAACGAAAGAUGACAUACCCUAUCUUUGUGCUGUGGACGGGAUAAAUUUCCUUCGACGUUUAGGAGGCGUGGAGAGGAUCCGGUCUUAUUGUAUACCGCUUCUAAAGGAGGGAAUGGCUUACUUGGAAGAGAAGUGGGGGACUAAGCGAUUAAACAUUCCUGAGAACAUGCGAGCCCCUUUCCAGUGCGUGAUUGAAGUUCCAUUCAUACGAGGAUUCUCCGAUAUCGACGAUAAGCCUUCGGUAACGGGAAUAUUCAGGGGACGUCAUUAUGAAUUGCAAAAUUUGAUUUUUGACGACUACGAUGUUCAGGUAAAGGUUCUCUACAUCAACAAAAGGUGCAUGAUCAGAGUGUCUGUCGCAGUGUACAGUUCAAUGGGCGACUUUGAAAAACUCGCAGAGGCUGUUUUGGACUUGGCUCGCAAGCGAAACGAAGGGAAAUAGUUAUAGCAAUGCUGUAAUACCCAAGACGAUUUAUAAUGGUAAAAAUGAACAAACAAUGAAAUUAAAUGCACAUUUUGCCUACAAUUAGUUUUUGUGUACAUUAACUGCGAUUAUUUGAGAAAAAUCUACCUCGAGCGCAAGUAUUUAAUUUGACCGUUCUUUAUAACGGACAACAGUGAAUGCGUGGCAUGUGCUAGGGAAAAUUGCACACAGUGGAAGUCUAAAUAUUUUCAACAAAAAAUUACUAUGGUGACAAAUAUAGAAGCCUAACUGAAUUUAACUUUAAAUACCUAGAAUGCAAUGGAAACCUUGUUUAGAGGCCAGGGGCAUAAAAACUCUCUACGAGAGCGAGGAAAGUGACGUUAUAGCAUAUAGAUGCAUGUAUUAUUCAGAGGUUAUUGCUAAUGGAAAAUACGAAUAAUUUUGAAAACCCAGGGAACACAUUUUGGGUGCUAUGGUGUAGCAUUUGCUUUUCCUUAUAAGUUUCUACUGUACUCAUACUGUUAGAAAUCAAGAGCAAAAAGACAGACUGCAACAACUUUUUCUACAAUGUAUUUAGAAUGUUCGGGCAUUUAUUUGCAUAUCAGUAACUAGAUAUCACCAUCAUUUCAAAUGAUACCAAAAGUGUAUGUCAUCACCAUGUAUCAAAAUUAACAUAUGUUAAUAAUCAUUAUCGAUACCAGUGCUAGUAUUAAUAAACUAUGGAAAAUACA